AUGGAUCCUUUGGAUAUGAUAGAUCCUUGGGAUAUGAUAGACUUGGAUGCGGAUAGAAGGAAUAUGGUAGAGCAGUGUGCCAUUGACGUGGGUGGCAAUCAACCACCUCAGCUACAGCCUCCGCCGGAUGUAAGGGAGAUUACAGUAGCUCAGUUUUUCAGUGACACGUGUGGUUAUCCUCAGUUGGAUAUGGUUGUUGCUGAGUGUUUGCCGGAGCCUCAGCCUCAGCCUCAGCAGUUUCUCACUGACGUGUGUGGUUAUCAACCACCUUGGUCUCAGCCUCAGCCUCAGCCUCAGUCCCACCCUCAUCCUCAGCAGUUUCAGCAGUUUCUUGCUGAUUGUGGUUAUCAACUACCUGAGUCUCAGCUUCAGCUCCAACCUAUGCAACCUCAGGUCUGGACUUGGGAGGAGAACAAAGCCUUUGAGUCAGUUAUUGCCAAUUGUUUUGAGUAUGCUAAACGCAACCGCUGGGAGCUGAUUGCUGCUCGUCUCCCUGGAAAGACCCCGGCGCAACUGCAAGAACGCUUCAAGAAGCUGAUGAAGGACAUCAAUGUCAUCCAUAACGGUUAUACUUCAAACACUCCUCUGAAUACUGCAUUUGAGAACAUGACUAUGACAAUGGCUGCUCCUACCACCACAUUGGAACACAACCCUGUCUCCAUCCCCAUCAUCAAUGCAACAACAACAACCCCACCACCACCGCCUUAUAACACUGAUCAUCAACAUCACAGGGCGGAGGUAGUCGCGGCCGCAGCACCAAUGGAGGCAGCAACAAGGGAACAAAGCCAAUCUGCCAACACCAACAAUACAAAGAAAUAUUCUCGGUGGACUGAAGAUGAGCAUAGAUUAUUUGUUAGAGGGUACCAAGCAGAAGGUGCAAAUUGGUCAAGAAUUUCAGAAUAUUAUGUCAAAACAAGAACUUAUCAUCAAAUUAGCAGUCAUGCUCAGAAAUAUUUUAGACAUAAAGAAAGAUUAGCUAAAGGAGAAAAGGUACUCGAUGUAGUUGUUUCUGAAGGAGGUGAAGCAAGCAUAAACUGCUCGAAGCAGCAGUUAAUGUGUUAUCCACUGUUACACCCUUCGGCUAUAAUGGACAGAGGGUUAUUCGGAGUGGAUAUUGUUGACACAGAGAAUGAGAGGUCAGAUUGCAGCAAUAAAGAUGAUUUGGAAAAUCGUUUUAUUGAUGAUAAUCCUAAUCCAGAAGUUUUCCCGCAAUUUCCUAUUUCCAAUGAAGGUAGAUAUAUUGUUUAUGCUUCUGAUGAUAUCAAACUAGAAGGUAAGAAAAGCAAAUAUGAAUGGCUUAAAAAGAAGUAUCAUUUGGUAGAGUCAGAUGAUGAUGAUGAUGGCAAUAGUAUUAUUCAAACAGUUUUGAAAAUUAACAAUGUUCUUCAAGAUAGCCAGAUACAAUAG